AAGACCCCCUGUAGAAGGUUCUAAAGAUUUAAGAUUUAAGAAUGAGAUCAGUGAGCCAGCAGGGAGCUGCUGAGGCCUCAGGCCCUGAGACUUGAGCCCGCCUUCCUCACCCAGAAGCCCUUGCAGAUUAAGUUUUAACUAACACAAUGAGGCAACAACUCUUUCUCCCACAACUGAAAUUGGUAAUAUCACAGCAUUGUGUCUUCUUUAAAAAAUUAACUGCUUAACUUUUAGCUUUGGAUGCUGGAGAACCCAGAAGGCGGUUCAGGCUUCCCUGGUCUGGACUUGGUAGGCAGCCUGGGCACAAUGAGCUUUGUCCCCUGAUUACUCCCUCCCCCUGCCCCGAAGAGUGGUCACUCUGGACACAGAACAAGGAGGCGUUCCCUUGGAGGAUCUCAGGGCAUCUUGGGACUGACUCAACCAGUCACUGGACAGCUACUCCGCGCCCACCCAGCCUGGGAGAGGGAGGGAGAAGGUCUUGGCAGUGCAGACUCUGGCCUUUGCAGUGGACUCCAAGCACAGGCAGGUGCCAGCCUGUUCACGGACUCCGGGGCAGCUCUGUUCAUGGCAUUCUUGAAGCUCUUAGAGCAAGCUGGGGGUGUGGGUCUCUUCCAGGCCCUACAGGUCUUCACCCUCCUUCUCCCCUCUGUCUUACUGCCCUCCCACAUCCUUCUGGAGAACUUCUCGGCCGCUGUCCCAAGCCACCGAUGCUGGGCACACAUGCUGGACAAUAGCUCUGAGGUCCCUGCAAAUAUUGCCCCUGAGUCCCUCCUGGCCGUCUCCAUCCCACCCGGCCCCAACAACGAACCCCACCAGUGUCGCCGCUUCCGCCAACCACAGUGGCAGCUCCUGGAACCCAACACCACGGCCACCAACUGGAGCGAGGCAGCCACAGAGCCAUGCCUGGACGGCUGGGUCUAUGACCACAGCACCUUCACCUCCACCAUCGUGACCAAGUGGGACCUGGUGUGUGGCUCCCGGAUCCUGAAGGCCCUGGCCCAGGCCAUUUUCAUGUCUGGGAUCCUAGUGGGAAACUUCGUCUGGGGUCUCCUCUCCCACCGGUUUGGGCGGAAGCUGAUACUGAGCUGGAGCUGCUUGCAGGUGGGCGUGGCUGGCACCAGCACCAUCUUUGCCCCAACUUUCCUUGUCUACUGUGGCCUCCGGUUUAUGACUGCUUUUGGAAUGUCUGGCAUCUUCCUAUCUGUGUUAACGCUGAUGGUGGAGUGGACCACAACCCACAGGAGGGCUGUCACCCUGACCGUGCUGGGAUGCGCCUACAGUAUGGGCCAAAUGGUGCUGGCCGGCCUGGCCUUCACCCUGCGGGACUGGCGAGUGCUCCAGCUGGCUGUGUCGGUGCCCUUCCUGGCCAUCUUCCUGAUCUCCUGGUGGCUGCCAGAAUCUGCCCGAUGGCUGCUUACUACAGGCCAACCCGACCGAGCACUUCAGGAACUCAAAAGGGUAGCCAAGAUAAAUGGCCACAAGGAAGCCCAAAAGACACUGACCAUCGAGGUGGUGCGGUCCAGCAUGGAGGAGGAGGUGGAGUCUGAGAAGGACCCCUGGUCAGUGCUGGACCUGUUUCGAGGGCCCGAACUGCGCUGUAGAUGCUGGGUCGCGCUGCUGGUGAACUUCUCCAUAGCGUUAGCCUAUUUUGGGCUGGUCUUGGACCUGCAGAGCCUGGGUCAUGACAUCUUCCUCAUCCAGGCCCUUUUCGGAGCUGUGGACAUCCUGGCCCGGGCCACCACCACCUUCUUGGUCAGGUUCCUUGGCCGUCGCAUGACCCAGGCAAGCUUCCAGACCGUGGCAGGCCUCUCCAUUCUGGUCAAUGUGCUGGUACCACAAGAUUUGCAGGCCUUGCGAGUGUUCUUCGCUGUGCUGGGAAAGGGCUGUUUCGGGAUAACCCUCACCUGCUUCAGCAUCUACAAGGCCGAACUCUUCCCAACAUCACUGCGGAUGAUCGCAGAUGGCUUUGUGCAGUCAGCUGGCCGGCUGGGAGCCAUGAUGGGUCCCCUGAUCUUGAUGAGCCGGCAAACCCUGCCCCUGCUGCCCCCCCUCUCCUACGGUGUUAUCUCCAUCAUUUCCAGCCUGACCAUCCUGCUCUUCCUCCCAGAGACCCAAGGACUUCCACUCCCUGACACUCUCCAGGACCUGCAGAACCAGAGAUCAGCGGCAGCCAGAGCCAACCAGCAAGAGGUGGUCAUUACAGAAAGCACCUGGCUCUAGAAAUUCUGCCUGUGUGAAGCCCAUUUAGCUAAAGACCCCUGGGGAAGAGUUGCCUUCUCUAAUCAGAGGGUGGAGGCUAAUUGGACAACCUUGAGGACCUGUGUGGCAGAGGCCAAGUGGGCAGUGGGCCAUCUUCUGUGGCUGAAGGUUGCUUCCACUGCUUGCUCCUGUUCUUCCUACCUGGUCAGAUUCCUACAAGAGCCUGUGGCAGGGGCCAAACCCACCCUCAACAAGAUGGGUCCUCUCUUCUUCCCUUCCAGGCUCAUGUCUUCACAGCUUCACUCAGCCGCCCCAGUUGGAGACUAGGGUUCCAAUCUCACCCCCACCACUUACAGAGUCCUCAUCUGCAAAUGGGAGUGAUCAUGAAACCCACCUCCCAAGGCCAGUAUCAGGGCUAACUGAUCUUAGCAUAGGCCAGAGCUUAACAAGUGGAACCUGUUAGAGCUGCUGAGACAGGCAUCUAGGUUGUGCUUCUGCCCCAAGACACCAGCCAGGGAGGCAUGUGGAGGCUGAAAACCAGGCUCAGCCACACUGCCCCACCACCUGCCCUUACAGGGCCUGUGUUCAUCCCAAGAAUCACCUAUUUACCUGUUGGUAAGGGAGGAUCUGAGGAUGUCAAACACUAUACCCAACACUGGAUGGAUGAGACUGACAGCAGUUGAUUACUCACAGCCUGGUGUGUGUGUGGGGGGUGACACUGUGCAGGGCCACAUGGGGAUGAGGGAUACACUCAGGAGCAGCGUAAACACCAGGCACUGUGGGAAGCAGGCCUUGUAGUAUGAGGAUGGUGGGGUGACUCCCUCUUCUGCAGAAGGAUGUGGUUGGCUUAUUUGAAUAAUUCUGCAUUUGGACAGUGAGCUGAACUCUUAGGGAUAGUGGGAACUGCAGUUGGUCCCCUCAAUAAGAAAAGUCAUUUGGCUAAGGGCCCUCCUGCACGGUAGGGAGGGAAGCUUCCAGAUUGUCCAGUUUCACCAGGUGUCCAGGGAACACCUAAUACUGAGCUUUAAUCUUAGGCUUUACACGACAGGGUCCCCUUUUGUUGUUUGUCUGGAUGGGACACCUUUUCUUAAUCCAAACAGCAGUCCAGGUUAUUAAGACUCUGGGGUGAUUGAGGCUGGCUGUGCAUCUUAGAAGGGAGGAAGCUAACACCCAGAGAGGCAGGCUGAUAUGCCUGUGAUCACAUGCUGAGCCCAGGCCCUGACUCCCAGGGCAGGGCUCUUUUCAGCCCUCAUCUCAACCUCUCCAUGCCCCUGAUAUCACAAAGUUACCCCCACACCCUUCCCCAGACAUCCUUCUCAGAGAAACUACCAACCCUGGGUUCCCCAUUCCAGGCAUUUCAGUUCACCUCUCACAUCCUGUUCCUUAUAGUUCCCAAAUACAUCUUCUUCCCCUUCACCCUGGCUGCCAUCCCCAUUCAUACCACUAUUAUAUCUGAUCUCUAAACAGGUGUCUGAUUUCCAUACUAUCCUCCACACAACAGCCACCAGGCUUAUUAAGAAACAUAGUUCAAACCACAUCCCCUCUCUGAUUAAAACCCCAUCCAGUGGUACAUGAUAAAUAUCAUACUUCUCUCCCCUGCCUGGUCAGCCCUUUAUGGGAUCCCAGCCUUAUCUCAUGCUGCAGUAAAUUUUAAAGGAUUUAAAUCAUACAAAGAAUGUUCUUGAACUGUCAUGAUAGUCAAUUAUAAAUCAGUUACAGAACAAUA